UGGCCGUUUCCGUUUGUGGGCUCACGAUUGUCAUUCUCCUUGCUAUCUCCAGGCUAAGGCCGCAGCACGACCGCCGUUUCGAGUAUUGGGCAUCGGUGGCCCUCCUCCGUCGCAGCAGCUCGAAAGGCUCGACGGUCGUCGUGGCGAACGGGCAAAUCAUGCGAGCGACCAGCAUCAGUCGCAGCUGACGAUGCAGUCCACAACAGCAAGAACAGGGGAUGUUGGGCAGCAGAUACCACCGUUGAUGUUGGGCGGCACAAUGCAGUCGAGCAAACCAGGGCCCGACCCAGCUCGAGCAGGCAACUCCCCCGACAACCAGUCUCUGUCCCUUUCGCAGCGACCAUCAUCGAAAGCCUCCGGGCGCGAGUCACCUAUAUCAAAUGCGACCGGGCCACAUACAUCGAAUCGGAGCGAGGGCAGUGGCCUCGUGGGCAAUGUGCCGCCCACUAGCGGUACAGCAAUGGGCACCGAGCCGGAUUCUCCAGAAGCACCAUCGACGCCGACGCUGGAAGCCAUUGAGAACGAGAACAUACUCCUCCGGGAGCGCAUCGAUCGACUCAAGCGGCUUUCGGUCGAGGAGGAUGACCUCGACGCAAACUCCAAGCGUGCUGAAGAGCAGCAAGUCGAGAGCCUGACUCGACAAGUCGCAGGCCAUCGGCAGGAGAUCGAGAAGCUCGAAACAGAGAACAAGGGGCUCAAGAACCUUGUUGCCCAACUCCAGAAGCGCAUCGAGAGGGAGAUUGAGCGGUCCAAAGCCAUUCCAAAAGCCACCAACACAGUGCCAACAAGCCUCGAGGCCAAUCUGCAUUUGCGAUACCAGUUCAACAAAAAACUCGAACUCGAGCGGGAAAAGUACAAGCUUCUGCACGACCAGAACUCCGAGCUUAUCUCCAAGAUCAAGAAGCUCGAGCAAGAACAUUCGUUGUCGUUGACGAAGCAGGUCGCAAACGAUGACGCCAAAUUUGGGCUCAAGGUCAAUGAUGCGCUGCUGUGGAAAAACAAAGUCCGGGAUAUCGAGGAGGAGAAAAGACAGCUGGCGUAUCAGCUAGAGCAAUCCAUGGGCCAGCUCGAGAAAGAGAACCGAGAGCGCAAGAAACUGCUGCGGGAGCUGGAGGACUCACGGCUCCAGUUUCAGCAUCUGGCUCUGGGCGCACCUUUUGAUCGCUUCAAGGGCAAACCUACGGCCAAGAAAUCGCUCGAAGCUGCGGCACAGAACGGAUGGGUGUCUUUGGAGAACAUGUCCGAACACAGCCUUGCCGCUAUUGAAAACGAGCCUCUGAAGAACUACGAUGGGGGGAAUACUCAACAACCAGCUGGUGCUUCAUCGCUGUCGAGUUUAUCGCUGUCUCAGUCGCGAUGCUCCGAGCCGGCUGACACCGAUGCAUUCGGGAAGCUUGAUGCUGUGGCAGGCAUGCAAGAUGCAAGUGUCUUGCUCGCCAGCCGUAGACCAUCCGAAAUCCCCCUCCUGAUAGGCAAGAGCUCGUCCAGAGUGAGCCUUUCCAAAUCCACAUCAACAAGCCAUCUGCCAGGCCCGCUUCCGCUCAGCCACUCAUCAUCCAAGAUUCUGCGGCUAUCGGGGUCGACCACUUCGCUGAUCCCGGUUUCACUAGCACACAAGAACUCACUCGUACAGUCUCAAAGUCAGGCGGGUUUAGAGAGCUUCCAGCCCGCGAGCCGUCCGCCCGUGCUCCCAGACCAAAGCCUCGCGGCCACAUCCAAAGACCAGCGGGCAUCGAAGCCGGGGUCCAAGGGAGAUGAACCAGCUAUUCUGAUGACCAAGUCGACAGAAACCGAUCCUGAUUUCCGGCCAGACAAGCCAAGAUCGGCUGGGAAGACGGCUGCCAGACCAUCAAAACGCCAAAGAUCGUUUGGUCAGCUCCCUAAGGAUUCGCCCCGACAGUCCAAAGUAUCUCCAUCUCAUCAGACAAGAGGAUCGCGGACGAGCCUGAUACAACGACGCAAAGCAAGCGAGGGUACAGUUAUGCGAAAUGGCACUCAAAAGCCAAGUAAUCCACCAAAGCAUGAAGACAAGAGCGUCUCGGCAGCCAUAGCCGCUGCCCACCCCGACGUCGGUCCGCUGGUUGAUUCGAAACUGGAUCUGUCCGUGCCUGAGCCGUGCCCCAAAAACAGCGCCGAGCCUGGUGAUGAUGUAGCUGAGUCCAUUCGAAAUAUCGAGCCAGACAAAUCGGUCGAGCAAGGAAAGCCAAAGAUUCCAAAGGAGCAGAGUGACAAUAGGGCAAUCGCGCAAGCCAAGGGUGCUGAAUCUACGGCAGCUUCCAAGAACAAAUCAAAGAUCAAUCCCCGCAAGCCUCGCCCCCUGCAGAAAGACGACGCCAAUGUCUCCGCGCAGUCAAUCAUGGAUGACACCCAGAUUCGAGCCGCCAAGGUGCAGCUCGAGUAUGAUCUAUGGGUGGCCAAGAAGAUCAAAGAGUCUGCUGGGACAGCCGAGGGAGCUUCUACUGUGGCGGCAUCGGGGACAAGAGCGAGCGGGGAAGCUGACCAAGGCUGAGUGCCUUGUCGAGUCACUGGAAUGUGCCGCAAGGCAUCUGCUCGGUACUUUGCGUUGACAUAAAUCUAUGAUUUGAUAUUGGCGAGUGCCGUGGGAUCC